CCCAAUCGCACCCUAACCCCCCCCCCGGUCCCUCCUUCACACCGUUAAGUUCAAAAAAGCUGUAAUCCCAGUCCCCAAAUCACAUCAUUUCAUUUCUUUUCAUUUUGGUGCUCAUAUCCCAGAGUCAUCCACUGAUUUCACCGUAAUAGAAUCGUUUGAUUUUUCAUCUGUAGAUUUGAGUUUUCGCGGCUCUCUGCGAUUUGAUCUGUGUGUGCGUGUGUUUGUGUGUGUGUGUAUGGCACAUGCGUACCAAAACCAGAGUAGUGCUGCCUACGUCGUUGUUCCCCCCCGCCGGCUCGUCUACCCUGUCCCAGUGAACGCUCCGGUCGGUUUUUUUCCGGCACCGGCCAACGCGAUAAACCCUAGCUUCGGACCAGCAGUGCCCCAGUUUCUUGUUCCUGUUGGAUUCGCCUUGAAUCGCUCCUUGUUGAUUCAAAUGGACGAGGAAAGGUCGCUUUCUCUGCUUCAGUUCAUGGUGGACGAAGGACUCGUGCCGUCUCCCGAAGAGGAACUGAAGAGAAAAAGUGUCAUUGAAAAGCUCAAACAGAUAGUGUUGGCAUGGGUCAAGAGAGUUGCUUACCAACGUCGACUUCCAAAACAACAAAUCGCAGCCACUUGUGCCACAAUACUAACAUAUGGAUCAUAUGGCCUUGGAGUUCAUGGUUCGGAGUCAGAUAUUGAUGCCUUGUGCAUCGGCCCUUUCUUUGCUAGCAUGGCAGAGGAUUUUUUUAUUGUUCUGCGGAACAUGCUUAAAAGCAGGUCAGAAGUCUCAGAGAUCCAUUGUGUGAAGGAUGCAAAAGUUCCUCUUAUGCGAUUUAAGUUUGAUGGGAUCUCAAUUGAUCUUCCAUAUGCCCAGCUUCAAGCGCUAUCUGUUCCUGAAAAUGUGGACAUACUCAAUCCUUUCAUUUUAAGGAAUAUUGAUGAAACCAGUUGGAAAAGCUUGUCUGGAGUACGUGCUAAUACGCAAAUUCUUCAGCUUGUUCCAAACUUGGAGAAUUUCCAAUCAGUGCUGCGAUGUGUUAAACUAUGGGCGAAAAGGCGAGGAGUGUAUGGUAAUUUGUUUGGGUUCUUUGGAGGAGUGCAUUUGGCAAUUCUUGCUGCCUUUGUUUGUCAAAGCCAUCCAGAUGCGAGCAUAAAUGCCCUGAUUUCGAUAUUCUUCAAGACGUUUGCCUUCUGGCCUUGGCCUACUCCUGUAAGGCUGCAAGAUGGAAUGCCUCCAACAAUUGGGGAUGCAGUUGAGACACGGUCAUUAAUGCCUAUUCAGCUGCCAUGUGGCCCCCAUGAAUAUUGCCAUUCUAAUAUAACAAGGAGCACAUUCUACAGGAUUAAGGCAGAGUUUCUCCGAGGGCAUGCUUUGACUAGGGACCUGAGGCCAGAUUUUGAGUGGAGCGGCGUAUUUGAGCCUUUUCCAUAUUCAAAGAAGUAUACUCAGUUUGUCAAAAUUUACCUUUCAGCUUCUGGUCAGGAUGACUUAGGAGACUGGGUAGGUUGGGUCAAGUCACGUUUUCGCUGUCUUCUUGUUAAGCUUGAGGAGGUUCAGGGUAUUUGUGACCCCAACCCUAUGGAGUAUGUCGAUGCAGAGGUUGGAGAGCCAAAUGUUGUGUUCUAUUGGGGCUUGCAACCCGGAAAGACCUAUCUCAGGGACAUAUGGCCUGUUGAGGAGGAUUUCAUGAGGAGCAUCAACAACGGCUACCAAGGCCCUCCUGGAAGAAUCAAUCUAUCCAUCGUGCAAGCAUCUCAGCUUCCAAAGAAUGCUCAGUUUGACACGAAAGGAACAAAAGCAUGCUGGAGGAUUCAUGAUAACUACCAGAAAAUGGUUCCGGUGUACUCCCAACAUUUUCCGGGAUACCUUGUCGGGUACAUGGCAGCCGACGGAGAACCUGAGUUUCCGAGGUUGGGAGGUUAAAACCCCAAAACUGUUAAAUCAGUGCUGAAUUUGUAUUUUUGAUUCUCAUUUCAUCUUACUGGUUAUUCUUUUUUUUUUUUUGUAUUAAUUUUUUGGGAGGGUAAAGGAAGAGGAUGUAUGAAAAAAAUAGAUGUGUGUUUGCACGGUGACACAACUGUACAAGUAAAAAUUUUGAGCUUGUCAUGAUGAAAUAGGAUUAUUUGAGACCUGUAAAUUAACAUUAUACUGCCCCUUUUUUAAUAUAAAUUUUUUGUAGCCA